UAUAGAGAAUCUUGCAAGUUUGCGACUAUGGCCACUACAGCCAAAAAGGCCAAUACUCUCAUUUGAUUGCCGAAACUGUAGCCUUACGUGAAGAAAAUUUCUUUUUCCAUAGAAGGACUUGUUCCAUUAUUCUCUUGUGCAACUUUCACCCGGUUCCUCAGGUUCUUGAUUACUUGCAUCAAAAUUAGUAACACUAGAUUUCAUACAAACUGUGACAAAAAUUUCUAUCAGCUAACACUUUCAGAAUUUGUUGGUUGAUCCAAUUUGGAGUACUCCGGAAAAUUAAUUCCAGGCUGGAGAAUUCAUACACUGGAAAAGAAGAAAGAGAAUGGCUUCACUUACACCAGGAGUUUUAUUAAAGCUUCUUCAGAGUAUAAAUUCCAAUGUAAAAGUUCGAGGGGAAUAUCGAUCUGUGCUCCUGCAAGUAAUCAGCAUUGUUCCUGCUUUAACAGGAUCAGAGUUGUGGCCUAACCAAGGUUUCUUCAUCAAAGUAUCUGACUCCUCCCAUUCAACAUAUGUUUCCCUGUCACAGGAAGACAAUGAGUUAAUCCUGAACAAUAAAUUGCAACUUGGUCAGUUUUUUUAUGUUGAGAGAGUGGAAGCCGGAACCCCGGUUCCUGUUCUUGUUGGUGUCAGGCCAGUUCCAGGACGCAAUGCGUUUAUAGGCAACCCAAAGGAUUUGAUGCAGAUGUUAGUGCCAUCCGAGGGUCCAGUGGCAGUUGAUAAUGAAGGAAAUAAUGGUUCAAAAGCGAAGGAGUUGGUGGAAGCGAAAGAUGAGAGCCCGAGACAGAAAAUUGUCAUCAAAGAGGAAAAAGCAGUUGUUGCAUCAAGGUAUAUGCAGGGUGUUUUGCCAUCAAAUCCUAAAGCAAGUGGACCAGAUUCAAAUAGUUGUUUGAAAAGCACUGAGAAUGAGAAUGGGGGAGCAGGUAAAAAGGCAAAAAGCAAGCAACAGGAGCCUAAAGGUCAGGCAUGCCCGGCAACUCCUUCCCGCAGUAGGCCAGAGGUUCCAUUAUCAAAGCCAGAGGUUGUUGCAUCUAACACCAAGGAAACUAUGGUGCCUCAAAAGGGCACAACUGUAAAACGCUCUUCAGGUAAACUGGAAAACAUGAACUCGAAUUGUUUGCCAAACAACAAAGAAAAGAAUAAUUUGCCAGAAACAAAUUCGUGGAACUCUCUGCCUGCCAGUCUCUUGAAGCCAGGAAAGGGAAUGCUUAGAAGAAGAAAUUUAGCUUCCUUGGUUGCAGCAGAUGCUCAAAGGGAGGCAUCUAUGGCAACAAAUCUUGUCAAAUGUCUUAGCAUGUUGUCUGAUCUAUGCUACUCUGCCUCACCUGAGAACCCCCAGCUCUCUCUCACCAAGUUCUUCACCCUCCAAAAGCUAAUUGACCAACCAAGUGUCACGACACAUUUAAAAGAUAAAACGCUUCAGUUAUCAAUUCUUCCAUCUGGUCAAGACACAGAAAAGUCUAACAAAAGGAAAGGUCUAACCCGUGAAAAAAGUGCAUUAAAGUCCUCAAAGCCUUCAAUGCAGUUAAGUGGAGCUGAGAAGCUAGAAUGGGCCAAAGGAGAUGGUGCUAGAGAGAUAAAAGAACUGAGGGAAAUCUUGCUGCAUGAAACAAGAACUUGGUUUUUGAAAUUUUUAGAGGUAGCAUUGGAGGUUGGGUUUCGAAGCCAGGAGAAGAAAGGAAAAAGCGCUACAGGGCGAGUGAUGGAGCAGGACAACCAUAUAGCUGUCACAUUGUCACAGCUUAAAUAUGCAAAUGAAUGGUUGGAUAAACUAAGAAGCAACUUGAAUUCAGAUAAUAAUGGACUGAUGGAAACUGUUGAACGGCUGAAGCAAAAAGUUUAUGCUUGUUUGCUUAGCCAUGUGGACUCAGCAGCCUCAGCUCUGGAGAAUCGAUCUUGACCGUAGUUGAUUCAACAUGAAAUGAUGAUUUUACGACGUUGUUUGUGAUAACUUAGAGUAUUUAAGGUGAUUCAGAUUUUCUGGAUGAAUUGAGCCAAAUUCAAGUAUAGAAAGUUUGGCCAACCAUAUUUAACUUCUGGUUGUUCUGUCAACAAACUUAUGAAUGCAAGUCAUUUGUGUAUAACAAUAAAGUCAUUGAGGUUCACUUCGA